CACCUUGCUCAUCACGUCAUUCAGAGCCGGACCUCAAGAUGAGUCUCACAGCAAAGGACAAGGACGCCGUCAGGACCUUCUGGGCUAAAAUCUCAGGCAAGGCGGACGAUGUGGGCACAGAUGCUCUCUCCAGGAUGCUGAAAGUUUACCCACAGACCAAGACCUACUUUUCCCACUGGACUGACCUGAGCCCAGGCUCUGCUUCAGUAAAGAAACACGGGAAGACCGUCAUUGGGGGAGUUGCUGAUGCUGUGGCCAAAAUCGAUGCUCUAUCAUCAGGUCUUCUGAGCCUCAGUGAACUGCACGCCUUCACCCUGAGAGUGGACCCUGCCAACUUUAAGAUCCUCGGUCAUUGCAUCCUGGUAGUGAUGGCCAUGAUGUUUCCCAAUGACUUCACUCCUGAGGUGCAUGUGGCCAUGGACAAGUUCCUGGCUGCUUUGGCUCUGGCUCUGUCUGAGAAGUACAGAUGAACGGGAAAAGUGCGAGCAUGCGCAGAAGUUCCCUUUCUGUCUGAAUCUAAAUAAACAAGUUCAUGCAGUUUA